UUGGGUUUCCAGGUGUUGCCUGAACAAAUGCGUGUUACGUCACACGAGGAAUUACAAAUAUUUAAAAUGGGGGCGGUGUCAGUGACAGUCUAUCUCUUAAUUAAUCUCGCUUGAAGCCUCUCAAACCCUAAAUCAGAAGUGGAUAACGAUGGCGUCGUUCGCUCGCCGAGCCAUCAGCCUAGCUCAGAUUCCAUCUGCGUCACGGUCUCGCCGGCGCCGCUGAUCACCAUGGAUCUACGAAGGUUGACUUCUGGAAACAGCCCACGAACCCUGGAAACUGGAAGGAGGAGUUCAUAUCUCUUCUUCUAUUUUGUGCUUAUUUCACUCUCUGGCUGGGGCAUGCUUUUCUACGGUGGUUACAAACUCUUCACCGGCGGCAAAGGAGAGAAACCUGUCGAGGCUACACAAUGA